AUGAGAUCAUUCCUCCUACUAGCAUAUAUUAUUCCACUUAUAUUAUGUCGAUUAACUCCAGUAUUGGUUGCUUCUCAUAAAUUAGUUCGAGGUUUGAAACAAGAGAUCAAUCCAUCAAACACUUUGCCUCACAAUGUUACCUCUGUGACCAAUAUGCUUAAGAAACUAAUAACUGAAUGUUCUUCAGAUGCCUAUCUACUUAUCAAUCAACCAGGAUUAACCUAUGCUGAUUUAACUACAGCAAAGAAAGAUAAUUGGCCUUUUUUAAGGAAAUAUUUAUAUAUGUCAUCGACGAUUGUUGGAUUACCUAGAGUUGAAGACCCAAUAGAUUUAGAUUUUCUUGAACAAUACAUAAUCAAUAAUUGUGAUGCCGAAACAAUCAAUGUUUGGCACGAUAGUGAAGAUGAAGUGGUUGAUUAUUUUGAUAUUCGGAAACGAGUUAUUCGAAUUGAUUUAUCACCAUUAUCAAGUGGGAAUCAUGAUGAGAGAGUAAAAGAAAUAUUUGAACAUGAUCAAUUGAUUAGAAAAAUUUUAAGAAAAUUGCCGUCUCCUCAUUAUACGAUUAUUUUAACAAGUUUAACCCCAGGGAUUGUUCACCCAGUCCCCGGAUUUUUAAUGGAAGAAACUCCAGCAUCAUUUGAAAUUUUCGAUGAUAUUAUCAAUGAUCCAUUUCACAAUCGAGAAAUUGAAAAAAAUGAUAGAUUUCAUAAAGUAGAACCAAAUUGGAAUCCAAUAAGAGAUAGUAAUGAUAGGUAUUAUAGAAAUAAAAAGAAAGAUGAAAUCCAUUUGUUUGAUUAUGAAUUAUGGGAAAAGAAUGAAAAAUUAAUUACGACAAUAUUUGUAAUGAUUUUAAGUCUUUUCAUGAUGAAGAUCAUUUCAUUCUUUAAUUACUUGAAACAAAAGAUUUUACAAAAGAAACAACAGAAAUCGAAACGAGGUAUUAUUACUGAUGAUAAGAAAUUAGAUUAA